AUGCCUUCUCAAGUGGCUACUUGCCUGCGCCUUGCGCGGCAAUUCUCUGCUGACCCAGCCAAGCACCAGCGCUUCCUCGCACGCUCCUUCUCAAGUACUGUCCGCCGCGGCGCAAUCAACAAGGUUUUCGCCUCAGCCGAUGAAGCUGUCAAAGACAUGAAAUCCAACACUACCCUCCUCGCCGGUGGAUUCGGGUUAUGUGGUGUACCGGACUCGCUAAUUAAUGCUGUGCGCGCCAAUUCCUCUAUUACCGGUCUCACAGUCGCUAGCAACAACGCCGGUGUUGAUGGCUCAGGUCUUGGUCUCCUCUUGCAGUCCAAGCAGAUCAAGAAGAUGAUCGCUAGUUAUGUUGGCGAGAACAAGACAUUCGAGCGCAUGUAUUUGACCGGUGAGAUUGAGCUCGAGCUUACACCACAAGGUACCCUUGCAGAGCGGUGUCGUUCUGGUGGUGCUGGUGUUCCAGCUUUCUAUACACCUGCGGCAUUUGGAACCGUUGUACAGACAGGUGAUCUGCCGCUGAAGCACAAUGCCGACGGUACAGUUGCGCUAUACAGCCAGCCGCGCGACGUGAAGGUUUUCGAUGGAAAGAGCUAUGUUAUGGAAGAGGCCAUUAAGGGUGACUAUGCAUUCGUCAAAGCGUGGAAAGCGGACAAGCUGGGUAACUGCCAGUUCCGAUACGCGGCGGCGAAUUUCAACGGCGCAAUGGGUCGCAAUGCGAAGAUGACGAUAGUGGAGGCUGAGCACAUUGUCGAGCCCGGCGAGAUCGAUCCCGCGGCUAUUCACCUGCCGGGUAUCUAUGUGAAGCGGGUUGUUCAGAGCACAACAGAGAAGAAGAUUGAGAAGCACACAUUCGCCAAAGAGGAGGGCGCUGAUACAUCUGCGCUGGGUAGUGGUGACACUGCCAGCAAGCGUGAGCGCAUUGUUCGUCGUGCAGCAAAGGAGUUCAAGAACGGCAUGUAUGCGAACCUGGGUAUUGGCAUGCCUAUGCUGGCGCCCAACUUUGUCGACCCCUCCGUUGAGGUGACUCUGCAGUCUGAGAACGGUAUCUUGGGAUUGGGACCGUACCCGAAGAAAGGCGAGGAGGAUCCCGAUCUGAUCAACGCCGGCAAGGAGACUGUCACUCUCAACCCUGGUGCCUCAGUUUUCGGUAGCGACGAGUCCUUCGGCAUGAUCCGAUCUGGCCGCAUUGAUUUGACUAUUCUGGGAGCCAUGCAGGUUAGCGCGAAGGGUGACCUUGCCAAUUGGAUGCUGCCUGGCAAGAUCAAGGGCUUCGGUGGUGCAAUGGAUCUCGUGUCGAACCCAGCUGCUACCAAGGUCGUUGUGACUAUGGAGCACACCGACAAGAAGGGCAACCCUAAGAUUGUCAAGCAGUGCGAGUUCCCAUUGACUGGACCUGCUUGUGUCAGUCGCAUCAUUACUGAUCUUUGUGUCUUUGACGUUGAUUUCACCGAUGGCCUGACUCUGAUUGAGCUUGCUGAGGGUGUUACCGUUGAGGAGGUCACUGCUAAGACUGAAGCACCCUUCAAGGUUUCUGAUGAUCUGAAGCCCAUGCUGUAA